UUCGCGGGCAGUAAUGGCGGCCACCAUGGAGACAGCAACCAGCAUGAAAAAUAUGCUGCAGUUCAUGAAACUUAUCGGACAGCUCAAAAGAGUCCCACGGACCGGCUGGGUGUACAGGAAUGUGAAGAAGCCAGAGAGUGUGUCAGACCACAUGUACCGCAUGGCCAUGAUGUCUCUGACCAUCACCGACCCCACAGUGGACAAGGACAGAUGUAUGAAGCUGGCUCUGGUUCAUGACAUGGCAGAGUGCAUUGUGGGAGAUAUCGCUCCAUCGGACAACGUCAGUAAAGCAGAGAAACACAGGCGAGAAGAGGAGGCGAUGAGGCAUCUGUCAGGUCUGCUGCCGGAGGGACUCAAACAGGAGAUCUACGGAGUCUGGGAGGAGUAUGAAAACCAGAGCAGCCCAGAGGCCAGGUUAGUGAAACAGUUUGACCUCAUGGAGAUGAUCCUGCAGGCUCAUGAGUAUGAGGAGCUGGAGGGAACGCCGGGAAGACUGCAGGAGUUCUUUGACUCCACCAAUGGUCGUUUCCAGCACCCAGACGUACUCCAGCUCCUCAGCUCUUUAAAUGAAGAGAGACAGUGUCACAUGACCAAAACAGCUGAAGCAAAGAACUCUGAGAACUCACAGACAGUCAGUGCUGUAUCUUCACAGCCACAUAAUACUUCACACACUCCCUGACUGUAACACAAAAUGUGUAAGUGCAAGGAUGCGCAAAGAAAUCACAGGAUCAGGGGAGAACUGUUUUUCAGGAGUUUCAUCUCCUCAUUGUUGAGGCGUUAGUGAUAUUAGAGCUGAGAAUGAAGGCACAUAGAUAUCUAUCCCAUACUGGGAAGUAUAUUAUCACUGCAAUGCAAGAAUUGCCUGAUAAUAUACAAAUACAAUAACUUGUCAAAAUUCAAUUAAAUGUCCCUAGAAAUGGGUUGAAAAAUGUGAUAAAACCUGUAAAAUUCCUGGUACGUCAUGACAUAGAGGCAGAUUUCACCCCCAUUACAUUUCUGUUAACUAUGCCGACAUUUUCUUAAAGGGACAGUUCACCCCAAAAUCAAAAAUACACAUUUUUCCUCUUACCUGUAGUGCUGUUUAUCAGUCUAGAUUGUUUUGGUGUGAGUUGAAGAGUGUUGGAGAUAUCAGCUGUAGAGGUGUCUGCCUUCUCUCCAAUAUAAUGGAACUAGAUGGCACUCAGCUUGUGGUGCUCAAAGUGCCAAAAAAUUCUUUUAAAAAAACUCAACAUCAAUGUCUCUUUCCAGAAAUCAUGACCUGGUUACUCAAGAUAAUCCACAGACCUUGGUGUGAGCAGCUUGAUGUAGGAACUAUUUUCUUUCUACCAAACUACACCCACCAACUGUAUCACCGUGCAGAAGGAAGGGUGCAUCUACUGCUAGCUCACCUCGCAUCACUGAGCUAGCUAACAUUACAGCUAACCUGAAGAGGACGCCAUUACUUUUUAGACCGCACACUGUAACGAGCACAAGCCUCUUGUCCAAGAGUAGAUGCACGCCUCCUUCUGUGCCGUGAUCAGUGGUGGGCAGAGUACUUAAAAUCUAUACUCAAGUAAAAAUACAACUACUUCUGUAAAAGUAAAGUGAGAAUUACCAUUAGAGGAACCUUUUCAAGUAACAGUAAAAAAAAAAGGUACCAGAUUAAUAAAUUACUCAAGGUACAAGUUACUUUACAUUUUGAUAUUUUUCAAGGUUGAGCAGGUCAGUGCAAAAGAAUGAAAAAAAGAGCAGCUGUAGGAUGCAGGAAAUAUCUUUUCUUUGUACCGAUCUACGCCCACCAACUGUAUCACCAUGCAGAAGGAAGUGUACAUCUACUGUUAGCUCACCUAGCACCACUGAGCUAGCUACCGUUACAGCUCAGCCAAGGAGGAUGCCAUUAAUGUUUUCAUCUCACGCCAUCAUGAGCACAAGCCUCUUGUCCAUGAGUAGAUGCACACUUCCUUCUGUGUGGUGAUACAGUUGGUGGGUGUAGUUUGGUAGAAAGAAAAUAGUUCCUACAUGAAGCUGCUCACAACAAGGUCUGUGGAUUAUCUUGAGUAACCAGGUCAUGAUUUCUGUAAACAGACAUUGAUGUUGCCAUCUAGUUCCAUUAUAUUGGAGAGAAGGCAGACAUCUCUACAGCUGAUAUCUCCAACACUCUGCAACUCACACCAAAACAAUCUAGACUGGUGAAUAGCACUAAAUAGGAAAAAUAUGUGUUUUUGAUUUUGGGGUGAACUGUCCCUUUAAGAUCAACACGCUUUAUUGCUUGUUUCCAGUCCACUGACAAACACAUUUUGACAUGUUAUUAUAUGUUUUAUCUGGCAGCAGACAUUUCAUAAUACGGUUAUAGAUGUGGAUUUUAUUUUACGUGAACCAUUUUUCAGUUGCACAUUGUUACAUUUACCAUGUUUGGUCUCAGUUUCAAUACGUUCAGUCACAGUUUCAAGUGUUUAUUGUAAAACAGUCAUAUAUAAUAUUUGGUUUGGGUUAAACGAUCUUUAAUAUCAAUCCAUCAGCCAUAGAAACGGUUCUGUACAAUGUUAAACACAAUGUUAUUUUAUUUGAAUGUCACAGUCUUUGGGUGUAAAAAGGUUUUUUAACUGAUGCUGUAUUCAAAUUUCUUCCAAACACAUUGUACAGAUGUAAGAUAUGAACUGUAAUUUUCCAGACAGAACAUGAAUUACCUCAGUUAUCUGGUCACAGGUCAGCUUGUUCCAGCUACAUAUGAUUCUUUCAGUACUUGAAUGUUGACAUGAAGUUUAUUAAAUACAUUUCAGACA